CUCGACAAAAAUUGCAGUAGCAUCAGGUGUUUGCAAAGAAAUUAACAUGAAGGUUCUUAUUGUUUUCCUAGUGGGCGUGGCAUUUGUCCUGGCCGGCCCCCAUCACGAACAUGGCCACGAAGGACACUAUGUGGUCAAGAGCCACGAUGAUCUGGUGUCCUAUCGCAACGCUUGCGCCGAGAAGGUCCACGCAUCAGAGGACCUGGUGGAGAAGUACAAGAAGUGGCAGUAUCCUGACGAUGCUGUGACCCACUGCUACCUGGCUUGUGUGUUCGAGAAGUUUGGAUUCUACGACGCCGAGCACGGUUUCGAUGUUCACAAGGUGCACAUGCAGCUGGCCGGACCCAGCGCCCAUGUGGAUCACUCGGAUGAGAUGCACCAGAAGAUCGCCCAGUGCGCCGAGUCCCACAAGGAGGGCGACUCCUGCGCCAAGGCCUACCACGCUGGCAUGUGCUUCAUGAACGCCAAUCUUCGCCUCGUCCAGCACAGUGUCCAGGUCUAGGUUGUCUGUCUAGGUUCAGGACUUUAGUCUCCAGACCACAGCUGAUCACUUGUUUGAAGUUCAAGUCCAAAAUAAAUAUAAAUUCUUGCAAUAUUU